CGUAGAAGGGUCAACGGGUUGCCCAUGUGUUCACUUUGGUCGGUACGCUCGCCAUUCUUCAUCGCUCUCGACUCAGGGAAGAGUAGGUCGGACGUUUGAUUUGUCUGACUGAGCGCAGACACGGACGUGUUCCCACAUCUUUCGAAGAAGGCCUAGAAUUUGAGCUUGAAUAAUUGGGACCAUGGCUUCCAGUUCUGAACAGAUUUUCCAAGCAGAAGAUCGAGGAGAAGUUCUCAUCCUUACCGCUACAACGGCAACUAAUCAUCACCGGGAAGGCGACACGAUGUUAGACACUUGCGUCUUAGACUACCUCGUGAAACGUGGCUUUCACCAAACCGCAGAUGCGUUGAUGCGAGAGGGGAAUCUAUCUCAUCCUGAUCAGACAGGUCCACCUGUAGACCUACCACAAAGCCUCAUCUUGGAGUGGUGGAAUGCGUUCUGGUUAAUCUAUCAUGCGAAACGCCAUGGGGACUCAGGCGCAGAUGAUGCAGGGCGAUAUGUACGGGAGCGUGAGGCAAGAGAAGAAUUAAGGCCUAGUAUGGAUGACGCAAGGACGUAUACGCAGCACCUUCGGAAGCAAGAAGCGUUGAAGCAUACUCUUACAAAGCGGAAUCAAGGGGCCAUUGAGCAAUGUCCGCUUGAUUGAACAUUCCGCAUAAGGACAAUGCGAGGUGAGCGACGAUGUAUAUCUCCAUGGUAUACUACCACCGUGACGUUCACCAGAACCAUGGCUACUGAAGAGGAUAAAGGAAUGCUUCGCACAUUAAUUGUUCUCACCACUCGCCACAAUCUCGCUGUGUCUCACGUUGACCGUGGUUUCCUGCCAUCUAUUUGUUAUUUGCUUUUCAAUGUACUGUUGAUGACCCAGAUGUGCAACAAACUGUUUCAGGUCAUCAUCUU